UUUCAUCCCCACUCCCGAACAAUAGCCUCCCCGCCUCGAAAAACCGAUGCACGGCAGUGACCUUGACCUCGCUGGUGCAGUGAGAUGGACGCAGGCCAACCAUAAGACCGACAAGGAUGGCCGUGAAUGGGAACAGUGGGCAACUGCGAAUGGCGUGGGGCCAAUGCGAGAUCCAGCGAGGCAUUCUGCGGAGACCCUCCGGCGCUUCUUGGAAGAUGUGAAGGAGGGGUUGUCUGACCAAGUGCUGGACACCGCGCGGAAGAGAGAUCAGGCGCUGCAGCAGCUGGAGUCGACCUUAGGUGAUUCACCCAAAGAGAAGAGCUUGAUUCGGCUGCUGAAGCUCACCCGCGACCACAUCAACUUUUCCAUCUCCUACGGGUGCCUAUGCUUAGAUGCGUCGAAGCCUACGCGAUUGAAGCGAAAGGUCGAGGCGCCUGCAAACGUGGAGGAUCUUUUGCUGGCGGUGGAUUGCGAAAUGGUGGAGACCGAGGAGGAUGACAACACCUUGGCACAGGUUUGUGCUUGCAAUGCCGCUGGGGAAGUGCUGAUGAAUCGGCUGGUGAAGCCGGAGGGCACGAUCACCGACUUCCGGACGGCGAUCACCGGAAUCGAAGCCAAGGACUUGGAAAACUUAGACUACAGCCUCCACGAUGCGCAGGCCGAGCUCCGGCGCCUGAUUGGCCCACAGACGGUGCUCGUGGGACACACACUGCAUCGAGAUUUAUCUGCCAUGCGAAUGGAUGCACUGCUGAUCUUGGACAUUAGCUUGCUGUACGGCAUCCAUGGCCAACCAAAGAGGCGGCCGGCUCUUGCGCAUUUGGUGAAGCAAGUUUUGCGGCGCGAUGAUUUCAGAGCGGCAAACAGCACCGAAGUCCAUGAUUGCGUGCAAGAUGUGCUGAUGACCAUGGAAGUUGCACUUCACAGGCUGCGCAACGUGGGUAACUAUGGCAAGGAAGUGCCAGUGACGGUUUGGGUGGCAGCCCCGCCCGCUGUAGAGACGGAGCUGGCAGCCCGGAAGCUCUAUGUGCACCGUAUCCCGCAACGGGACGAUGCCUUCCCGGCCUUGGCCUCACUCUUCGCUGGGCUUCCACGCGAGUUGUCCGUUGAAGGUCUUCAGAUGGUGACGACGGCCAUGGGCAACCAGAAACUGAAGGGUGCAGAGGUGUCAUUUCUAUCGAAGGAUUUGGCCGAGCAGGCAUUUCUGGCGCUGCCCGCGGAGAGCGUGGAGAUUGACCAGGCUCAGAGGCCACAGAAGUUGGUGCGCAUCCACUUUCCGGAGCGCACGGCGCUGGUUUGCGUGCGCCCGGUCUUGGCAGGCAUUGGAAGAGCCUGUUUGGAGACUCCUACGCUGGUCAAAGAGGAGGCAGCACCACCAGAAUCAGAAAGGACACCGGCGCCGCCAGAAGAGAAACCUACACCUGAAGCAAAACCAGCAGCGAAAGUGUGGCAGGGCAAGGGCUGGCCGGGCUGGCGCAGAGCUGCGGAGGAGGCGUUGCGGGCAGCACCCGGGCAGGCCUUGCACUGGAUGAAGCUGGCCAGUGAGCUUGUGGAGAGACGACAGCAGCAAGCUGGGGGAUCUUCAAAGGAAGCCUCGGAGCCACUGGAGACCUUGCAGCUCUUGGCUUUAGCGGCCUUGCCCGAGGAGUUCAUCAGUGAUGAGACUCCCUUGGUCCGCUUGCCUGGCUGAAGGCUCCUACUACCUGAAGGCAAUGCUUCGGAGCGUGCCCGCAUUGUCGCCGGCCAAUAGCUGUCCCAUGUCUCAUUCCUGCUGUUUGCGGGCAUCGUGUUUUUGUUGCGUCGAAAAGUGGAUGUGAGUGCAUGUAGGCGCCCUGUCGAACAGCACAGGAUUCGCUUACAGGCAUUUUGUUGAAGAACAAUUGGGGCUUGCACCACAAACAGCUGCGAUGUUGUUUUUGAAUGACAGACCCAGACCACGCAGCCACGACUUUGUGGCACAACCUGCGUCACCGUCACAAGGCUCAAGGCAGUGUCAAAAGAUGGAGAACGCU